GGUAGCUGCUGUUCCAUCCCUAGCCUCACCCAGUCAAGUUGGGGCAUUGGGUGGAGCAGGCGAGGGUGGACUGAGAGUGGUCAAGCAACUUUUCAGCACAGCAGUGUGUUGACCUAGAUAAGACCUAGGAGAAGCUGUGAGAAGCCUUUGACGAAGACCAGACUGAAAGCUUGCUGGGGCACUACAUACAAAGAAAGAUCAAGGUAGCUAUUUCCUGGGAAAAACAAACGAAUGAACAAAAUCCCCUGUGAAAACAGGGGACAUCAGGAAAAGGGGCUAUGAAUAUGUGGCCAAAUUUUUUCCUUCAAGAUGAGGAGCAGCGCAUGGCAAUGCGCGGGCGGGUAGUUGUCAAGCGGCGCAAAGUCCUGACAGAUGAGCAAGAGGGCAAGAUCAAGCUGGCCUUCUUUGUCGCCAUUGUGGGGAUGACCCUCACGGUGUUGGCUGUGGGCACAGAAUUCUGGGUGGAACUCAACACCUACAAGCAGAACCACUCCGCCAUCUGCGAGGCUGCCCACUACGGCCUGUGGAAGUUCUGCUACAAGAAGCUCUGGAUGAAUGAUGUGGAGGAGGAGAGGGCCACCUGCGGACCUGCAGAGCUGCCUGGAGAAGCUAACUGUUCAUAUUUCAAAUUUUUCACCACUGGGGAGAAUGCCCACAUCUUCCAAAGAUCUACUAAAAAAGAACUGAACAUCACGGCAGCUGUUGUGUCCCUACUCAGCAUUACCUUCAUGGCCAUGGGAUCGCUGUGCAUCACAAUGGCUCUGAGCAAAGGGGUCGAGUUCCUUCUGAAACCAGCAUCCUGUUUUUUCAUUGUAUCAGGCUUGAUGGUUCUGGUAUCUCUGGAGAUUUUCCGACAGUCAGUACGGUGGCUCAUCACUUCAGAUGAAACCAUCCCUCUGGAGUACGAGUACUCCUGGUCGGUGGCUUGUGCAGCAGCUGCCGGUGCUGUCCUGAUCUUUGGAGGCGGCUGCUUCAUCCUUUUGUCCAUCCCGGGCUUACCCAAAAAGCCGUGGGAAUAUUGCAUCAAAAGCAGAAGUGACAGCAGCAACACUUCCUAAAAAUCAUUUGAAAGAAAAAACAACGUCUGUUUCUCUCAUUCUGCAAUGAGAGACACCCCAUGCACACCCCACACUCAGACAAAUACCUCCACCCACCUCUAGGGGGCAGAAGGAACACACCUUCCCCCUUCUACAUGUCUGCCCUCUUUCUCCAUCCUCUGGACUCACUUUUUCCCGUUUUUUGUGACUUGUAAAUAGAACCACUAGUGCUUGUCUUAUUUUAGAUGGGGGUAGGGGAGGGGAAGGGAACGGCUGUGUGAAAAGGGCUCUCUUUGUGAAUGAGGGGACAGCUGUGAAGUGAGAAAUUACAAGGGGGAGGGAGGAUAAAGGGCUGUAUUUAAGACCUGGUUUUUAUAAAUGGCUAUUUUUAGCUCAA